CGAUGUUUGUGUGGAUCUACAAUCAUACACAUGAGCAGCAGUGAGUCAGUUAUCAUGUUUAUAUUUCAGCUCGCUCACAGAAGAUGAGAGGAGCUUUAUUUCCUAUCAGACUAUGCAGCUAAAUACGAGAGGCCUCACAUCAUCCUGCGGAUUUCCUGCUGUGAGUGACAGGAAAGGAGCGUCCUUGUUUGGGCUGAAAUCUGGCUUUGGAUCGCUGGACGCCGGUACGGCUGAGUAGCCGGUUAAGUGCAAGAGCAGCAUCUGGCGGUAGAAUUCAUCAUGACAGGGGUGUGUGGAUGUUGUGGAGCAUUGAGGCCGCGCUACAAGAGGCUGGUAGACAAUAUCUUUCCAGAAGACCCAGAGGAUGGAUUGGUGAAGGCUAACAUGGAGAAGCUGACUUUCUACGCCCUAUCAGCUCCAGAGAAGUUGGAUCGGAUUGGGGCGUACCUGUCUGAGAGACUGUCCCGUGAUGUGGCUAGACACAGAUAUGGGUAUGUGUGUAUUGCGAUGGAAGCCCUCGACCAGCUGUUAAUGGCAUGCCACUGUCAGAGUAUCAACCUGUUUGUAGAGAGUUUCCUCAAGAUGGUGCGAAAACUCCUGGAGGCUGAUAAACCCAACCUGCAAAUCCUGGGAACCAACUCGUUUGUGAAGUUUGCUAACAUCGAGGAGGACACCCCCUCGUAUCAUCGCAGUUACGAUUUCUUUGUGUCACGCUUUAGUGAGAUGUGCCAUUCCAGCUAUGAGGACCCUGACAUCCGCACCAAAAUCAGAAUGGCUGGCAUCAAAGGUCUUCAGGGUGUAGUAAGGAAGACCGUGAAUGAUGAGUUGCAAGCAAACAUCUGGGAUCCUCAGCACAUGGACAAGAUCGUCCCCUCGCUGCUCUUCAAUCUACAGUCUGAAGAAGGCACAGAGAGUCGCUCUCCCUCCCCACUGCAGGCCAGUGAGAAGGAGAAAGAAAGCCCCGCCGAGCUGACUGAACGCUGCUUUCGGGAACUGCUGGGUCGAGCCGCCUAUGGCAACAUCAAGAACGCUGUCACCCCUGUGCUUAUGCAUCUUGAUAAUCACUCGCUGUGGGAAGGCAAAACAUUUGCAGUGCGUUGCUUUAAGAUUAUCAUGUACUCCAUUCAGUCCCAGCAUUCACAUCUUGUCAUCCAGCAGCUCUUAGGCCAUUUAGAUGGAAACAGUAAAGGCUCAGCCACAGUGCGUGCUGGAAUAGUGGAGGUUCUUCUAGAGGCGGCUGCCAUCGCUGCCUGUGGCUCUGUUGGCCCCACAGUGCUGGAGGUGUUCAACACACUGCUGAGGCAACUGAGACUCAGUGUGGACUAUGAGCUGACGGGAUCCUAUGACUGCACCAACAUCGGCACCGAGAUCAUCAAGGAGCACGAGGAGAGACAGCUGCAGGAGGCCGUCAUCAGGACUAUCGGCUCAUUUGCGAAUACCUUACCCACAUACCAGCGCUCUGAGGUCAUGCUUUUCAUUAUGGGGAAGAUCCCUAUUCCAGGCAUGCAUCCAACACUGCCCUCUACAGGCUCAGGGCCUGAGGGGAAUCGCAUGAUCCAAGUCAUGCUGCUGAAGUCCUUGAGACAGGUCACAUCUGGUUUCCAGACCACUAACAUGCUGACAGCUCUGCCUAACUCCUUCCUGGACCCACUGCUGUCAUUUGCUCUGCUAGAGGAUGCUGAAAUUCGCCUACUGGUGCUGGAAAUUCUGGUCAGCCUCAUCGAUCGCCAUGACAACCUCCCCAAGUUCUCCACCAUCAGUAUCAUCUCUGAUAUCUCUGUGCUUAAACUCAAAGUGGACAAGUGCUCACGUCAAGACAACCUCUUCAUGAAGAAGCAUGCUCAGCAUCUGUACAGACACAUCUACCUGUGCUGUAAGGAGCAGAGCAGUGUGCAGUCUCACUUUGAGAAGCUCUACUCACUCCUGGCUCUCAUCAGUAUGGAGCUGGCCAAUGAAGAGGUGGUGGUGGACCUGAUUCGUGUAGCGCUCGCUCUGCAGGACUUGGCUCUGAGCAGUGAGGAGACGUUACCUGUGUAUAACCGCUGUGCUGUUCAUGCAUUGUCCGCUGCUUACCUCAAUCUCAUCAGCCAGCUCACCACUGUUCCAGCGUUCUGCCAGCACGUCCAUGAGGUGAUUGAAAUGAGGCAAAAAGAAAUCCCGUACCUGUUACCUGAGGAUGUCUUCAUUGAAAAUACAAAGAUCCCUAAGACACUGGAGAAACUGGAGGGGGAGGUGUUGUUCCAGCAGGUGAAGAUCACAGAGGUUCUGGGAGGAAGUGGCUACAACAUUGAACGACUGGCCGCACCUUACAUUCCACAGUUUACUGAUGAGGACCGGCUGUCAAAGAGAAAGAGUGUUGGAGAAACAAUAUCUUUACAAGCGGAGGUAGAGUCCAGAAACAGCCCCGAGAAAGAGGAGAGAACACCAGCUGAAGAAAUCACAUUUGAAACCUUAAAAAACGCCAUCGUGGACAGUGUAGGUGUGGAGGAACAGGAGAAGGAGCGCAGGAGACAGGUGGUUGAGAAGUUCCAGAAGGCCCCCUUUGAGGAGAUAGCUGCUCACUGCGGUGCCAGAGCUACAAUGCUGCAAAGCAAACUUAAUCAAAUUUUUGAAAUCACAAUCAGGCCUCCUCCCAGUCCAUCUGGAACAAGUUACGGACAAACCCAGAAUCGCUCUGUGCCCGUUUAUGAGAUGAAGUUCCCAGACUUGUGCGUUUACUAGUGCAGCUCAACUCA